UACAAUACAAAGUUACAAGCUCAACUGCUGCUUCUCAUUCUCAUUUCUCUUCUGUUCCUUCUUUCUUCACCAUCCGUCUUUUUUGGGUCUUUGCAAAUAAAGACGCGGAAGAAAAAAAAAUAAAAAUAAAUAAAAGCUUAUCACUCCACUACUUGCAAAUUUUAUCCCUUUUGGGCCUCUUUGCUUAGAACACAAGUUUUUAUUUAUUUAUUUUUCUUCUGCUUUCCUUUUACUCUUUGCAGUUUGCACUCAAAUAAAGCUACUUUGGGAUCACAGAAUCACACCCACAGCCACAGUGCCACAUAUAUAUUACUGUUUUGGGAACAAGAAAUUGUACUUGAACUGGGAUUCUUCUGAUUCUCUGUCUCUCUGAUUCCCAAUAACACUUUUUCUGAAACUGUAUGGGUUGGUUUACCAAGUUGCUUAAGGGAUCCAACCAUAAAUCUUCGAGAGGAAAAUAUCAUGGGAAACAUGAUAAUUCCAUGGAUGAUUUGACAGAUGUUGAGAGAGAAGAAAUUGAUCGUGCAAUUGCGCUCUCUCUUUCGGAGGAAGAUCCGAAAGGGAAAAAAGUAAUUGAGGACGACCCUCAAUCUUCUGAUGAUGAACAACUCUGUGAACUUACUGAUGAAGAUGAAUAUCAUGGUGAAGUUGAACAACAUGAAGAAUUAAGUAAUCAUCACAAAGAGGAAGAUGAAUCUGUUGGUGAAGUUGAGGAAGAGGAAGAUGACCAUCUUAAUAACAUUCAACAGGAUAAUGACAAGCAUCUUGCAGAAGCGCAGCUUGAGGAAGAUGAACAACUUGCCAGAGCACUUCAAGAAAGUUUGAACAUUGAUUCAGACAGAGCUGAAAGAGAUUCUUUAUUUCAACCAUUUCCACACCUCCUUCGACCUGUAUACAGAACCUGUGCUGGCUGCAAUUCAGAGAUUGGCCAUGGCAGAUUUUUGAGUUGCAUGGGAGGUGUCUGGCAUCCAGAAUGUUUCUGUUGCCAUGCUUGUAAUUUGCCAAUCACUGAUUAUGAGUUUUCCAUGUCUGGAAAUCGUCGUUACCAUAAAUCUUGCUACAAGGAGCUGCAUCACCCAAGAUGUGAUGUUUGCAAGAACUUCAUCCCACCAAAUUCAGCUGGACUCAUUGAGUAUAGAGCACAUCCUUUCUGGAUGCAGAAAUACUGUCCUUCACAUGAGCGUGAUGGAACUCCUCGUUGUUGUAGCUGCGAAAGAAUGGAGUCAAGGGAUACAAAGUAUCUUUUGCUCGAUGACGGUCGAAAGUUGUGCCUAGAGUGUCUAGACUCGGCUAUUAUGGAUACGCAUGAAUGCCAGCCUCUCUAUCUUGAAAUACAAGAAUUCUAUGAAGGUUUAAAUAUGAAAAUAGAACAGCAAGUUCCAAUGCUUUUAGUUGAGAGACAAGCACUCAACGAGGCCAUGGAGGGAGAAAAGAAUGUAAAAAUAUUUACUAUAUGCCAGAUUUUAAGGAGACCAAGGAUAGGGGCAGGAUACCGAGUCAUAGAUAUGAUAACUGAGCCUUACAGGCUAAUCCGCCAUUGCGAAGUGACAGCCAUACUUGUUUUGUAUGGCCUUCCUAGGUUAUUGACGGGUUCAAUCCUGGCCCAUGAGAUGAUGCAUGCUUGGCUUAGGCUUAAAGGCUAUGGCAAUUUAAGGCCAGAAGUUGAAGAAGGAAUUUGCCAAGUGCUAGCUCACAUGUGGCUAGAUUCAGAGAUCUAUGCUGGUUCAGGAAGUGAUAGUGCAUCAUCGUCCUCGGCCUCAUCCUCAUCCUCAUCCUCGCCUUCCUCUUCUACAUCAUCAAAGAAGGGUAAACGGUCUGACUUCGAGAAGAAACUUGGCGAGUUUUUCAAACACCAGAUUGAGUCCGAUCGCUCAUCGGCUUAUGGAGAUGGAUUCAGAGAGGGGAACCAAGCUGUGCUCAAGUAUGGUUUAAGAAGUACCCUUGAUCAUAUUCGACUAACCGGAAGUUUUCCAUACUGAAGUAUGAUACAUAACUUCCUUUCUCUUUAUUUUCCUUUACACAAAUGAAUAUUUUCUCAGCUGUCAUAUAAAUUAUAUAGGGUAUCCAAAGAUUACAAAAUUACAUAAUUUCACAAUUUACAAUAUACACGAAAAUCUGUAUAAAGAAAAAAUGAAAAUGCUCCUCUUGUGUCACUAUAAACACUUAAGUAGCUGGUAAAAUUAAACAGCUGAAGCAGUUAAUAAUAAUAAUGAGUAUUUGUUUUAUACACA